UAAUUUACGAGAAAACUCAAAGACAUCUGAUUGAUAAGAGUCGGUCGCUAUCCCGCAGGUUCCGUCGCUGUGUUUUCGCAUGUUCGGUGCUCCGUGACAGCUCGAUGAGUCCUGGCAACGAAGCGGCUCGGCUCAGUUUGACUCACACUUUUGCGAUCUCAUCUUUAGGGAAGAAAAUUGAACGUUUUUGAGGGCUGAGUUCCAAAAAUUCCAAAAUGGCCGAUCACCAUGGAAAUUCGUCCAGCAAUCACAUCAGUCAGGUGGACCGCGGCAGGCUGAGAUUGUCUUUCGACUUCCAAGCUAAUAGCACUCCUCCUGGCCAAACCAUCCAAAUUGCUCCGCAGAUAACCACAAUACCGCAGCCUAUCAUGGAAGGCAGGGCAUCGUCGGCUGCUGCUGCUAGACCAAACCUUCCCUUACUUAAGUCCCCAGAGGAGGGCAGAGCUGUCAAAGCAAGGCAGAGAGCAAGGCCCUUCCACCAGACUGAAUUCGUACCUGAAAAGGCUCGGGAGAGAUUCCGGAUUUGCCAGAGCAUCCACUCAACCGGCACUUUGCAGCUUUCCCCUGAUCUUGUGUACGAUUUCACAUCUGAUGACUUGCAAGACAUGGGUGAAAUUGGCCGAGGUGCUUUCGGAACAGUCAAUAAGAUGGUGCACCUUAAAAGUAACACAGUCAUGGCUGUGAAAAGAAUCCGCUCCACUGUUGACGAGAAGGACCAGAAGCAGUUGCUGAUGGACUUGGACGUUGUCAUGAAGACGAGGUGUCCGUACAUUGUGCAGUUUUACGGUGCACUUUUUAAAGAGGGUGAUUGCUGGAUUUGUAUGGAACUGAUGGAUGCGUCGUUGGACAAGUUUUACAAAUUCAUUUUUGAGAGGCUCAAUCAGCAAAUUCCUGAGGAAAUUUUAGGAAAAAUAACGGUUGCUACUGUGAAUGCGCUCAAUUACUUAAAAGAAGAGCUGAAAAUCAUCCACCGUGAUGUCAAACCGAGCAACAUUCUUCUCGACAGGCGGGGAAACAUCAAGUUGUGUGACUUUGGAAUAUCUGGUCAGCUUGUUGACUCAAUCGCAAGAACGAGGGAUGCUGGCUGCAGGCCGUACAUGGCUCCAGAAAGAAUUGACCCUCAGAGGGCAAGGGGCUAUGACGUAAGGUCGGACGUCUGGUCAUUAGGAAUAACUUUGAUGGAGGUGGCAACAGGACGCUUCCCCUAUCCCAAGUGGAACACAGUUUUUGAACAGUUACAACAGGUUGUCCAAGGAGACGCUCCUAAGCUAUCCGCCAACGAAAAUGGAAACUCCUUCUCGGAUGAAUUUGUUUCGUUUGUUAACACUUGUCUCAUUAAGGACGAAACUCAAAGACCGAAAUACAAUAAACUCCUAGAGCAUCCUUUCCUCCGGCAGAGCGAUGCAUCUAACGUCGAUGUGGCUGUGUAUGUCAACGGAGUAAUUGAGAAAAUGGCAAACAACAUCAGGCCUUCAUUUGAUGAUCCCUCGUACUAAUUAUAAAACUUAUAAAAGAAAACUCCUCGCGCCUCCAGUCCUAGAGGAGAUGCACCAAUCUAUUAGUAUUAUUGUUGAAUUAUGCAUUCUGUAUUUAAAUAGAUUUUUUAUUUUCAAUUUGCCUGUUGGAAUUUUUAGAUGAACUAAAGCAGCUGCUAUCACUGUUAAUUUCCGUUGUUUUUAUCACUCAAAUUUUUUAUCGGGAGUUAUUGCAACUUAUCCUUGACUCAAAACUUAUUAUUUUUUUUGCCAUUUAAUUCAUUUUAAUGUGUUGUUGUUAACCAAGCCUUAAACGCAAAUGUAUGUUAAUCACGCUCUUUCAAACUGCAAGUGGUAAGCAUAGAUGAUUUAAGAAUCAAUGCUUCUCUUAGCUCCACAAGGUCUCGCAAUAAUGCAACAAGAAUUGUAAAUUAGCCAGCAUGACAGGAUCAUGUUUGCCAGCAGGGACCUGAGUUAUUCUAAAGGCCGCCCAACUGGAAUUGUACUUUGUCAGGGCACUGCCUGCUAUACAAUAAGUGAAAAAUAACUUGUUUUGAGGAGAAAAACAAUAAAUUGAAAUAUUGUAUCUGAAUAAAAGCACCGUCUUG